UUUUGUAAAGACGCCAUUAGAUACCAUCUUCGAGCUCUGAGCUUAUUCCCAGCUCACAAAGAGGGAAAACAAAAAACACCAAGAUUCUCAGGCUUUCGUCUUCCUCAUUAAUUCCUACAGGUUUUAAUUAGGGUUUUUCCCCUUCAUCCAACCGGGUCUCAAUCCAUUUAAUCGCCUAUUCGAAACUGCUAAUCGUCGCAUUGGUGCUGCUCUGCACAUCAAUCUUGUUGCAUAGUGUUUUUAUUCUUCGAGAAAAACGAAGAAAUGGGUGCUCAGAGAAAGGGGGCAUCGCGGGUUUCCGAGGACUCCGAGGAGUUGGCACGAGUUUCGUUGCAGGCAGUUCUUCUUGCCGAUAGCUUUACCACUAAGUUUCGUCCCAUAACGCUUGAACGACCCAAGGUAUUACUGCCGCUGGUAAAUGUCCCUAUGAUUAAUUAUGCCUUAUCCUGGCUCGAAUCGGCUGGUGUUGAAGAGGUGUUUGUAUUUUGCUGUGCUAACUCGAAACAAGUAAUUGAUUACUUGGAGAACUCUGAGUGGGUAUCCCUACCAGACUUUGCAGUCACAACUAUAGAGUCACACAACUCCAUUAGUGCUGGAGACGCCCUGCGUUUGAUCUAUGAAAGAAAUGUGAUACAUGGUGAUUUUGUACUUAUCACUGGAGACACCGUAAGCAACAUGCCACUUACGCAAGCUCUUCAAGAACACAAAGAUAGAAAGAAGAAAGAUAGUAAUGCCGUAAUGACUAUGGUUGUCAAACGGUCAAAGCCUUCUCCAAUCACACACCAAUCUCGGCUUGGCACUGAUGAACUGUUUAUGGCAAUUGAUCAUAAUUCUAAGCAGCUCUUAUACUAUGAGGAUAGGGCUGACGAUUCAAAAGGAAUUAUACAUCUGGACAAGUCAUUGCUAAUGGAUAAUCCUUCCGUGUCACUUCAUAACGACUUGCAGGAUUGUUAUAUAGACAUAUGCUCCCCAGAAGUACUCAGCCUGUUUACUGACAAUUUUGACUACCAACAUCUACGUCGCCAUUUUGUCAAGGGUUUGCUCUUAGAUGAUGUACGUAUACCUUAUUAUGGACAUGUAGCCUUUUUUUUUUAAUAAGAAUUUUAUAUCUAUUAAAUUAAGCUUAUUUUA